GUUCCAAUUGCGUAAUAGGAAAAUUUAUUUAGAGGUUGAAAAUGAUAACAAACCCCAAUAAGAACCCCUAGUUUUCUUCACUGGUUUUGAGAGUCCCUUGAGUUUCCAUCAUGAGGGUGGUUUUUCCUCGCCCUUCUGGGCAGGAAAGCUCGCCCUCGGCUUCCCCUAAUUGGAUGUGGUCGUCCCUCCCCACAUUUGGUGGGGUUAUAUAAUUUUUAUUAUUUUGGUGGAGGAGCUUGGAUUUGAGAUAGGGUUGUUUAUUUUUCUCAGUUUUUAUAGAUCGAUGCUUAUUUGAAAAUUUCUUCUUGGAUCUGUGUUUGUUAUGUUUAGGUGAUGUAGGAGUCUCACGAUUUGAGAGCAGCUACUUUAUUUGUGUAGGUUGUCGUCUUUUUUUUGCUGAGAUAAGGCUCAAAUUCGCAUGGUAGUGGUGAGGGUAUAAAUUUAAGGAGAAUUUAUCCUUUAGUCUUGGUGAGCUAAGAAGCUUGAAGUCCGGCACCUCAUGGCCAUGAAAGACUGAAAACGCCAUGGCUUUGCUCCUUCUCCCUCUGAGAGUCCAAGUUCUGCCUGUUACUAUUGUUGGAGAUGUUACUAGUGCUGCUACAUUUGUGACAUGAUUGGCUUUGUUUGGCUUCUAUAGAAGUUCACAAAGAAAGUUGGGUCUUUCCUGCUUUUGUCUCAGGUUUGCUGGAAAUGGCAAAAGGUAGCAGAGGACGAUGCAGGAUUGCUUCCCGGCAAUGCAGGCCAGCGCCAUACAAAUUGGCAUCUUGCAAUCAUGAUGAGGACUUUUACAAUAAGAAAUCCUCCAAAUCGUUGGAUAAGAAAGACUGGGAAGAUGUAACUUGUUCUGUGUGCAUGGAGUGCCCACACAAUGCUGUUCUUCUACUUUGUUCCUCUCAUGACAAGGGUUGUCGUCCCUAUAUGUGUGCAACUAGCUUUCGUUAUUCUAAUUGCCUUGACCAGUACAGAAAGGCUUACACUAAAGUCAUCUCUUCCAGUGGCACUGCUGAUAACCCAAUUCUGCUUUCAGAUUCCAGUUGGCCUGUUGACAAGUGUGAAGUCACAGAGCUUGCUUGCCCCCUUUGCAGGGGCCAGGUGAAAGGGUGGACUGUGGUGGAACCUGCACGAGAAUAUCUAAAUGCCAAAAGGAGAAGCUGCAUGCAGGAUGACUGCUCAUUUGCUGGAACUUACAAGGAGCUAAGGAAGCACAUGAGGACAGCUCACCCCUCUGCGCGGCCUCGUGAAGUUGAUCCAAUUCUUGAGCAGAAAUGGAGAAGGCUUGAGAGGGACCGUGAACAUGAUGAUGUAAUUAGUACAAUAAGGUCCACAAUGCCUGGGGCAAUGGUUUUUGGGGAUUAUGUAAUAGAGGGAAAUAAUUAUGGUUUUGAUAUAGAUGAAGAAAAUGGGGAUUUUGAUGCAGAUGCUGCAGAGAGUAAUGGAGGUUUUGAGGUGGGUUUUGAUCGAAACUUGGUGAAUGUCUUCCUUCUGUUGCAUGCAUUUGGGCCAUCAGGGGAUGGUCUCAAUAGACGUCUUAGGCAGUCUGAAAGGCCGAACCGCCUAACAAUGGAUGAGAGUGCUGCUAGUAUCCACCAUGUUUCUCCUGUUGGUGGUUCAAAUUCCUCAGAUGAUAAUGAUGAUAGUGAUGAUGACAAUGGUGAUGGUGGGUUAUCACUUGUAAGCCGCCUUCGCAGUCAUGGCAGAGUGCUUCUGGGACAUUCAGGUAGGAGGCGUAGGCAUAGAGAAGACAGUGGAGGUGAGAGAUGAUUUGGAAUGGUACUUGGGGGGGGGAUAAGCAUUCAGUAGGUACAUAGUUUUAGGAAGGUCUGAAUUUCUGGGAUAAAAGAAACACAGGAAUUUACUUCAAAUUUCAUGUAUUUAUUUGGUAUUUAUAUUGCACUGUAUCUGUGAUUGGUAGGGAAAAUUGAUGCGGAAAGGGUGGCUGACCUCCUCAUUCCUUGUUAUAUUAUUAUCAUAAAUAUAAUGUCCCAGUUGGCUUC